AUGGCCGCCACCGCCAUGCCCGUCUCGCCCGUCCACGACGUCUUUGCCGACAACCGCUCCGAAAACCUCUUUGGCUGGGUCCAGCCAGACGAGUGGGACACGGUCGCAGGGCCCAACACGGACCUCUUCCUGCGCGGACAUCGCGGUGCAUCGCGGGCCGUCCCGCCGCACCGUCGAGCUGCGAGCGCGUCUGGCCCGACUACGGCCCCGCAUCUCGGCGACGCCAGCGGCGUGGUCAAGGGCGCACAGCUCGGCGUCACGCUCAUCGACAUCAUCCACGGCCGCAGCUGCAGGCCCAUCUCGCUGCUCGACCUCCGCACCUUCCUCCUGCUGCAGCGACAGCCGCACCGGCGCGUGCCCGGCUACGCCCCCGCCUCGGACAUGGCGCUGUCGACGCUGCCCGACCUCGACCUCGACCUCCUCAGCCCGCUCGAACCCACCCACGAUGCCCCCGCAGAGGGUCUGCCAAACACCCACGUGCUGCCGUCCCAGCUCGUUCGAGACCGCACCGAGCCGCGACAGGCCUACGACGAGGUCGACGCCCUCGAUUUCCUCGUCGCCUUUGAGCGGUACAAGAAGCGCUUCCGCGACCUGCCAAAGGCCGAGCGCAUGCGCAGCCCCGACUCGCUCACCUGCCGCGCCGCCGUCGAUGCCUAUCAUCGGCGGCGAAUCGCUAGCAUGGAGGGCGCGAUGUCGUUCGGUGAUGGCGUGGAUGCUCCGCAGGCCUCCGAGCACGUCGAUCUCGUCGACGAGGGGCAGAGCCUUGGGAUCGCCGCGCUACGCGGCGUCCAGGUUCAGGACGUCGGCCUCGACCCAGCCUCGCAGCCCCUGCGCCGCGAGCUCGACCGCAUCGUGUCACGGUACAUUCGUGCCUCGAGCCGAUCAUCGCAGCAGACGCCCGCAUCGAUGCCGACGCGGAUCCUGCUGACGCGGGCCCAGCGAAAGAGCCACAAGGGCAGCUCCGACUCGUUUGGCUCGACGGUCGUCGACGCCGGUGUCGACGAGAAGGGCAAAUCCGCCGCAACGGGCAGCCCGUCGAUCCCAGCAAGGCUGCAGUGGACCGUCGACGUCGGGCUGGUCUCGCAGGACCACAUCGACAUGGCCCUGGCAGAGGCGAGGCUGACGACGCAUCCCGACACACUGGCGCCGCUGGCCGACGCCAUCAGCGCCUACCUCUCGGCCCACGUCGUGCCCUAUUUCUUCAUCUCGGUCGCCAAGAACCUCAGCCGGCCCACGUCGAAGGGCCGCCUGGCCGUCGGGCUGGCGUGCACCGUCAUCGCCACCGUCUUCACCGUGCUGCUGCUGCUCAAGCCCUCUCCCCUUUCCUCGAGCCCAGGAGGCGCCGUCGACCGCUGGUGGCGACUUUGCCUCACGCCGCUGUGGGCCGCGGCGCUGGGCUACGUCCUCGCCUACCGCACCGGCGUGUGCGUGUGGCUCACGCUGCGCGGCAACCGCGAGCCCGACGAGGACGAGGAGCGCGAGCGCGAAGAGAUCCGCUCCCGCUUCAGCGACGACGCCGCCGGCUUCAGCUUUGCCGAGGUCGAGGCGGAUGCCGAGCUCAGGGACGACGACGUCGAGCGCAAGACGAACCGGUGGAUGGCGCCCGAGCUCGCCUCGCUGCUGCGGACCGGCAGGCUGCCGCGGCGCAGCGAGUCGGCCGGCGACGUCCGAGCUGUCCCGGCUGCCACAGCAGCUAGCAUCGCAGUCGAUGCUCCGCCAGCUGUCGUUGGAACGAGGAUGUCGAUCAGUGGCGAGGGCGAGACCAGGACGCCCCUUGCCGAGACGCCUGUGCCAUUCAGCAGGAGCAAGUCUGUCGACUUUGGAGCCCACACUCGCAGCAUCAUCGACAGCCAGCCGUCCUCGCCGCGGCUCGAGCGCCAGCCACGCUCUAUCCUCAACGGCCGGCUCGUUCAGCCGCGGGCGAGCGAAGACGGCCCCGCCACGCCGGCACUUAUGCGCGGCCGCCGCGUGCCGCUGCUCCCGCUCACGCUCGGCGUGGUCAAGAGCCCGGCGAGGUCCGAGGUGGACCUGCACGCUCGCGCCAUCGAUUCGGCCGCGCACUCGCCCGUCCUCACGAGGGACGCGCUGCUCUUUGACCCGGCCCUGGCGCAGGCCGUCCAGGAUGCCGCCGGCCGACGUCCCUCAAUGGCCGUACACGGCGGCGGCGGCGGCGGCGGCGGCGGUGCCACGUAUGAGGUCUCGCCGUUGGCACCCGCAUUCAUCCUGCGUCGGCCGAGCGCCGCGGUCGAUGCGUUGCCCAUCAGUGCCGGAAGCGCCCUCGACGGAGCCGCCAUCCCGUAA